AUGGCACAUAAUAAGAAAGCAUUAAAAAAGGAUGCUUGUUUGUCUUCUUAUUUUUUCACUUUUCAACAAGAUGUGGCAUUUGUUGUUGAUGGUUGGACUCUUGAAAUUUCACUUAAGCAUUAUCGAACAACUUUUACUGAAUUAGCAAUAUUGUCAAGGACUGCUAUAUGUUGUCGGGUAACACCAUCACAGAAAGCACAGCUUGUGGAGAUUUUAAAAUCAUGUGAUUAUAGAACAUUGGCCAUUGGGGAUGGAGGGAAUGAUGUAAGAAUGAUACAACAAGCUGCCAUUGGAGUUGGAAUCAGUGGGAGAGAGGGGCUGCAGGCAGCAAGAGCAGCUGAUUAUAGUAUUGGGAAGUUUAGGUUUCUGAAAAGAUUAAUACUUGUCCAUGGACGUUACUCAUACAAUCGUACAGCAUUUCUAUCCCAGUAUUCAUUUUACAAGUCUCUGGUGGUUUGUUUCAUCCAGAUCUUCUUCUCUUUUGUUUCAGGUGUCUCAUGGAUUAGUCUUUUUAAUUCUGUUAGCUUGAUGGCUUAUAAUGUUUUCUACACUAGUGUUCCUGUUCUAGUUAGUGUCCUGGACAAAGAUCUUAGUGAAGAAACAGUGAUGCAGCUUCCACAAAUUUUGUUUUAUUGUCAAGCGGGAAGACUUCUGAAUCCUAGCACCUUCGUUAGAUGGUUUGGAAGAUCUCUUUUUCAUGCAAUUGUUGUAUUUGUAAUCAGCAUACAUGCCUACGCUUAUGAAAAAAGUGAAAUGGAGGAGAUCUCAUUGGUUGCUCUCUCUGGAUGUAUUUGGUUGCAGGCUUUUGUUAUGAUAUUAGAAACAAACUCUUUUACAAUACUACAACAUCUUGCUAUAUGGGGAAAUUUGAUUGGCUUUUAUAUCAUCAACUGGAUCUUCAGUGCCAUCCCAUCAUCAGGGAUGUAUACAAUUAUGUUUCGCUUGUGUAGACAACCGUCUUAUUGGAUAACUUUGUUUCUCAUAGUUGCAACAGGGAUGGGUCCAAUUCUUGCUAUAAAUUUCUUCCGGUACACGUACAGACCAAGUAAAAUCAAUACGCUUCAGCAGGCUGAACGUUUGGGUGGACCUAUUCUGUCACUGGGCAACAUUGAGCCCCAAGCAAGAUCAAUAGAGAAAGAUGUUACUCCUUUGUCCAUAACUCAACCCAAGAACAGAAAUCCAGUUUAUGAACCCCUAUUAUCAGAUUCACCGAAUGCUACUCGAAGAUCUUUUGGAGCGGUUCCACCUUUUGAUUUUUUUCAGUCACAGUCCCGAUUGUCCUCUUCCAACUACUCAAGAAAUUGCAAGGACAACUGAGCUACAAAAUAACUUAUAUUAGGUGCAAAAAUUGAACCUUACCACCAUUUUGCUUCUAGUGUAGAUUAGCAUUGUAUUUGUAUGUAACAACAACACAUAGGAUUAGUGGAGUUCUUAUUAAAGGAACUCUACAUAAUUAAAUAAUUUCUUUUCUUGGUCUGGAAAAAAUAAAUUAUUCAUAAUUUUAUGCA